CGGAAGAAAACAAAACUCGAACUUUCCCAAGUUCAUGCUGUGUGUUGUUUCUCCUUUUGAUUUCCGUUCAGUUAAAGUUUGUGAACAAAGAUAAAUAAGCGGUAUGAGGUCGGCCAUGCUGCAUGUGUCGUUUCCGUUCAUGUUGUGUGUGUUUCUGGCGAACACAAGCCUGUUCGGUCAAGUUGAAGUGGACUUGACUUACGAACAUUAUGCAGAAAAACGGGUCGAGUCCAUGCCUGCGCUCUUUUCGAUGCCGUUCAACUGUGUGGUUAAUGCUGCUUACAUCUUUCUGGGACUGUAUUGGCUGUUUUGGACAGGUGUGGAGGAGACGGCGCAGAGCUGCUACCUGAGGCAGGUGUUCGCCCUCAUGGCUCUCCUCUACGGCCCCGUGCAGUGGACGCGCCUGGCCACGCUGCGACGCGCCCCCGCCGUGCUCGAUCAGUGGUUCACCUUGCCCAUCUUCGCCUGGGUUCCGGUGUGGGUGGACUUCGUAGAGAGUGCGAAGUGGCGCGCGUCGCACGCGGCAAAGCUCGAGCUGUGCUCCGUCGUCAGCUACGGCCUCGCGCUAGCGCACGAGCGGGGCUUCGAGGUGGCGUUGGGUUGCCAUGUUGCUUUAGCGGCGUACAAAGGACUUCGGGUGCAGCUGACCCGCGGCGACGGUCUCACUGGUGGGUACCUACUGCUGGCCCUGCUGUCCUGUGCCGGGUUCGUGGUGCUGAAGCUGCUGGACCACUGGCUGGCUCGGUUCUGGAUGUUCCAGAGACUCACAGGACACUUCUGGUCCAAAGUGUGCGACGUGCUGCAGUUCCACUUCACCUUGUGUUUCCUCACAGCCAUGACCCCGAGGGCACAGGCCAAGACUGCAGCACAGCAGGAGUAAGAAGCACUGAUGAAAACCCCAG